AUGGACCUUGGAACAAUGUUGUACAACAAUCUGAAAGAUGUCACAUGGAGCACAACGGCUCUGCCGCUGGAUCAGCUCGUCAGUAUUUACAGGUUGCCCCAAAUCGUGAAGCUGGACAACGGGGAGUUGGUUGAUGGGCUUAGAGACAACGACUACCUCCUACUUCAUUCCUGCCGCCAGUGGACGACCAUUACCGCUCACAGUCUGGAGGAGGGACACUAUGUCAUUGGGCCCAAAAUAGAAAUUCCAGUGCACUAUGAAGGUCAGUUUAAGUUACUGGAACAGGACCGAGAUGUGAAGGAGCCUGUGCAGUACUUCAACAGCGUGGAGGAAGUGGCCAAAGCAUUUCCUGAGAGGGUGUAUGUCAUGGAGGACAUAAGUUUCAAUGUAAAGAUGGCUUCAGGGGAAUGUAAUGAAGACACGGAGGUUUACAGUAUCACACUAAGCACCGGAGAUGAGCUAACCCUGAUGGGCCAGGCUGAGAUCCUCUAUGCCAAGACCUCCAAAGAGAAGUCCCGGUUCAACACCAUCUUCAAGAAGAUCGGAAAACUCAACUCCAUCGGCAAAAUCGGCCGCAGCAAGAUGCCUUGUCUGAUCUGCAUGAACCACCGCACCAACGAGAGCAUCAGCCUGCCCUUCCAGUGCAAAGGACGUUUCAGCACCUGCAGCCCGCUGGAGCUGCAGAUGCAAGAGGGCGAGCACACCAUCCGCAACAUCGUGGAGAAGACGCGGCUGCCAGUCAACGUCACCGUCCCUAACAGCCCGCCGCGCAAUCAGCACGACCUGCACCUCAUCCGUGAGGGCCACCGCUACAAAUUUGUCAACAUUCAGACCAAGACGGUGGUGGUAUGCUGUGUCCUGCGCAGCAACAAAAUCAUCCCCAUCCAUUUUACCUUCCACUCAGCCAUGCCCCAGUUCAUCAUCCCCGAAGGCCUCCUGCAGGGUGAGCUGUGGCUUGACACCAUGGUGCACCGCUGGUUCACCUUCUGCCAGGAGCAGUUUGACAUAGAUGACUAUUCCCGUGCCGUCCGGGACGUGCGGACAGACUGGAACGAGGAUGGUAAGAGCCCCAAAAAAAGCAGCGGGAACGGAAGCUGCGGCGGAGGCACCAACGGCUGCCCGGCUCACAUGCACAUCCCCAGCUCUUUGAGCCAUGCACGGGAGGAACUGACCCAGUCCUUUCACCGGCUGUCAGUCUGCGUGUACGGCAACAACCUGCACGGAAAUAGUGAGGUGAACCUGCAGGGUUGCAUGGCGCUCUGCGGUGACUGGGCUCUCCUGCCCUCGGACAACAUCCCGGCAGACUCGCAUGACACAGAGCACUUUUGCCACGAGCUGCUGGAGAACACAUACCCCCAGCCGCCCCUCUUCAAGUCGGACGUUCCCUAUGAGGAGCUGUGGUUGGAUCACUUGAGAGGCCGCAUCCCGAAACCCUCCGUGGGCGAAGGGACCCGAGGCAUCAACAACGGCAGUGGCAUGACAGCAGUACUGUCCUACACACCCACUUGUCCCAUAGCCCCAGUCACAAGCUGUGAUGUGUCUCUGUCUCCGCCCCCGGUACCGCCCAAGUCCGAAGCUGUGAAGGAAGAAUGCCGCCUUUUGAACGCACCGCCUAUUCCUCCUCGAAGUUCCAAACAGAUGCCUGCAGUGCCAAUCAUUUCCAAACCCCGGCAGCAGGAGACGCGUUCUCCGAGUCCCACGCUUUCUUAUUAUUCCUCAGGUCUUCACAACAUCGGAGGAGGUGAAAGUGAGGCGGUUGAGUCGGAGGAGCAGAGCCAUGUAUGUUACCCCUGUAACUGGACGAAAACCAGCCCGACUGAGGCAAACCCCACUUUGCCCCGGAGGAGCCUGCUGCCGGACCGAAUGUCCACCAGGUUGUCUUGGCCCAACAACUUCAGCGGCGGGGAGGGCCAGGGCUUCGAGGAGUUCUUACCAGCCAGCUGUCGGAGCUACUACAGCUACCCCCGCAAGAGGUCCCCGGGCACCCCGAAGACGUCCAGCUUGUUCGACUUCGAUGGACGGGAACACACCCACACAAGCAAUGACUUCCGGUCCCAGCAAGCCGCUAUGAACCAGUUUUGCACCAAGUCUUCUAGUUACACUUUAGAAAUGUACAGAGACAAGCCAAUGGAGGAGAUUAACACUAAACAGAGCCUCUCCUGUCCCAUUUUACCUCCGAGAACGGCCAAGUUAAAUGUGGUGAAGACGGGAGCAGAUUAUCUGUGCGUGGCGCUCUGUGACAGAGAGGAAGAAGCUGCUAAGUGCCUGCCCAGCCAGCACGAGUCUAACGCAAAAGACAUAUUUACCAUUUCUUAUCCCCCGACCCCUAACUGCCCGUCUCUCCCCGGCGUGGCACCGUGGCAGCCUCCGUCUAGUCUGGCGGGCCUUUCUAUCGAAGAGGUGUCCAAAUCGUUGAAGUUCAUUGGCCUUCCCAAUGACAUUGUCUCUCUUUUCGUGUCAGAGAAGAUUGAUGGGAAUCUACUGCUGCAGCUCACCGAGGAGAUUCUGGCAGACGACUUCAACCUCAGCAAGCUGCAAGUCAAGAAGCUCAUGCAGUUUAUUAAUGGGUGGAGGCCCAAAAUAUAG